AUGUCUUUCUUUGGCUUCGACACGACUCUGCCUAGGGACCGCCCCUCUGGCCAACAAACGCGGGGUAUUUUCGAGAACCCUGACCCCUUCGCACACGUUGCCCAUGCCGUUGUCCAAGAUGAUGAGGAAGCAAUCGAUUUCGAAGACACCUACGAUGGGUUGGGUGACCAGUUGGACGAGGACCAAGAUGCGUUUAACGAUGACACCUUUGGCGGAGGAGCGGAUGAGAACACCCUCCGCGUGAAAUCAAAACCAAAAUCUCCAACUCGCACUCCCGCCAAGCCUACGCGGACUGGUUACGAGCUCUAUCAAGACCCUGGCUAUAUCCCUGAGAUUCAGGCGAAGUCAGCCGUUUGGGGGACGGGUGUGGGGCAAAAAUCAAAGGCAGAAGAUGAUACCCAAUCUCUCAAACCUGCUGCACCAGCGAAGAAGAUAAUGAGUUUGGAAGAAGUCGAGGCGCAAAUGCGGGCACAAAGCAAGAAACCACAGGCUACUGAGCAACUCUCCGCUCCUCCACCCCCUCUUCCAACUAUUCCUCAAUUCCCAGGAACCGCUGCGCAGGUGGCGGCUCCGCUUACCAUGCCUCUCCAUGAUAGAUCUGCACCGCCGCCUGAUGGUAUGCUGCCAUUGUCGCUUCAGGAAUUCCCACCCCUUGACCAGGGGCAAUAUGCUCAGCUAGGGAAGGAUGCACGUGCAGCACAGGCAUUCCAACACCAACAGUCUUUCCCUGCUAUGGAAGCUAUACUACCUCGUCCCGGAAUGCCUCCCACACCAAACCACCACCAAAAUCGACUGCCGCCAAAUCCCGCACCACAGUACCCAAUACGGCAAGCUCAGCACCACCACCCCAAACCACAGGCAUCUAUGGGCCCUCCUGGCCCAUUACCUGCGACAUCCGGCAUGCCACCUAAUAUGGUACCUAUGACCGAGGAGCAGAGAAAAGCAAGUUUGAUAGAGGAUGCAAAACGUGCAAAGCGGAAUCACAAGAUAUUCCUUCUUUCCAAAGGAAACGGUUUAAUGACUCCACAAGAUAAAAAUUUCAUUACGCGUAUACAGCUACAACAGCUAGUCGCCGCAACAGGCAACGUGACAGAUCCAGAGAGCGAGGCAUCACUCUCUGAGGAUUUUUAUUAUCAAGUUUAUAGCCAGAUCCGGGGAGCACCAAGACAACAUCCUCGUCAACCCCUCGGUUAUUUCGCACAAACCUACCUGUUUCAAACCGGAGGACGAUCUGCGGGAGGCAUGGGAAGGCGACAAUUUUAUACCGGAGACAACCAUAUGCAACGAAUGCAGCAGCAAGUUCAAAGGGCGGUGGAAGCAGCUAAACUGAGACCGAAAAACAAACAGUUAAUAAUUGAAGGUAGCCUCGGUAAAAUCUCGUUUAGCAACGCCAAAACACCAAAGCCGCUGUUAAACAUCAAGCGUCCCGAUAGCUCUGAUGGCCAGAAAACCUCUAAUGUUAAGAAGGGCCACCAUACUGCACUUAGUGCCAGCGAUAGGAAAUCAAUAUUGAACAACAUUGAAAAUGUAUAUGGAACUCUAAUGCAAAUGGAAGACCAUGAACGAAAUAUGCCUCCUCCUCCCGAUGAAAGCGAUCUUGAAUCGGUCGAAAGGCAUAUGGAAUGGAGACAAAAGAUGCAAUCCUUCAACCAGAAACUCUGGGCCGAUAUGAAAAUAUUAGAACCGAUCGUUCCAGGGUCGUCAACUCCUCAUCCUUUCAUUGCAUUUUUGUCAUACCCAAAGGGCAAGAAGGCCAUCCCUCGUAUUUUCCGGCAAAUAGACCAAGAGCAACGUGUCACCAUCCUCACCAUGAUUAUUGUCCAUCUCGAUUCGUUGGAUGUUGUCCAGCGCGCACAACUUCAGUCUGGUGAAUCUCAGCCACCUCUGCCUGUUCGGGAAGAAGUCGACCUGUUUUCACAUGCUGUCAUGCCCAGCCUACUUGGCUACGUUAACGAGGCGCCAAUUAAUAUUAUCACUGGCCUAUUGGGUCUUGUCAUUGGGCAAACCCACGUUCAAACAGUGGCAAAGACUCGAGUCGGACUUGGGGUUUUGACCAUGUUGCUUAGCCGCGCGGAACUGGUUAAAGAAGCUGGCGGCGUGGAGGACGAGCAGUGGAAGCCGUGGACGGAGCUCUAUAACACGCUGUUUGACCGACUAGAGCCAGUCUUUGGCGAUAUUUUCCCUGGAACUAUCAACAGUGGAAAUGAUAUGUACGUGUGGCAGUUCUUAGCUGCUGUAGGUAUAGGUGCCAGCCCAGAACAACAGCAACGCUUGGUUAUUGCUGUCAAGGAUCGAGUUAUGGAAACUGUCGCUCAAAGCAAAACCCUUCCGGCGGACAUGGCCAGUCAACGCCUUGGUAAUGUCAAUCUCUUCAUGCGUGCCAUCGGGCUCGACGUUGAACUCUUGGGAUAA